CUUUUAGAACAAAAAUGAAUAGAAAGACUGAGCCCGUCUCCUUAUCAACCUUAAGGCGAAGGACACGUGUAGACGUUCAAAAAAAGACUUCAUCAAAUUAGGACAGACAUGAUUAAUAUGGACAUGACAGGAGUAGGGGCAGAAGACAGAGUUCUUUUUCUGAGAACACUUGCCCACCCUCUUCAGCUUAUCCAAAAUGAUAAUGGAUGCCUUUUCAUCUAAUUGAAUUUCAAGCGAGCGAGGACAUGGCUGUUGUGCCAGUUGACUGGUAUGAUGACGGGAUGGUGUACUGGCCCAGCUUUAAGAGCACUGAAAGUGUGAAAAGGGCAGCUGCUAACGAGGAGAAGCAUGAGCCAAACUGGCCAAGAUAUGAUGUAAAGGUCGUAAGAACUUGUGACGACUACAGAGAUGCCAUUAGGCUUAUGACUCAAUAUCAGAAUGGCUGCAACACCUCUGCAGCAGAGCAGGAGGGUAAGCUGCCAGAGAAGAGAUUCAGGAAGCCAGUCCAUCGUUUUGGGGACUCUGAUGAGAGUGAAGAAGAGCCAGAAAAUGGUGACUUUGCAUCUCUGAGGAUGCCACGACCUUCCAACUUGCCUGGCGUAUUAGUUGAAGCCUCAUCCCUAAGACAAUUGCACUGGAAGACUUCAUCAUCUUGCAGAGUGCCAGGCAGCAGAGUAACUACUCCUCAACCUGGAGAAAACGGUCUAGCACCAGACUAUGGGGCAGGACAGCAACACCCUUCACCACCUCAACUCCCAACACCCGCAUUUAACAUGCGGAGAGUUACUCAAGCAAUGGCAGUCCCUCCACAACUCCCUCCUCCCUCUGCUCCAGCCCUCAACACGCAGACAGCAGAGGAAUCCUGUUCAAGCCUGACCUACACACCAACAUGGCGAGAGGGAAGAAUGGCCGAUACCAUUCCCUGCUCUGCGGCUGAGUUCCACAUCCUUAGCCUGCUGGAAACCAUUAAACACCAACAAGACCAGCUUGUGGCAAAGGUGAACUACCUCAGCAGCAUGCUGAACAGCACCCUGGGGCCAGAUGUUGAGAUGCCUGAAAAUAUCCAGUUUCCCCUGGAACAAUUGGAGGCCGUGGAGGCAUUUGAAAUGUUUCUAAAGGAACCGUCAAACGGCCCAGCUCAACAGAGAGUGAUUUCUUCUUUGGCCACCAUUGGAGGCCAGGAUGUGAAGAGGGUGACCUGGAACAUUCUGGGCCGGCUCUUCACAGAUGAGGUGUCUCAUCAGAUCAGCUGGAAGGGUGUUAAUAACAAAAAGCCCUUCAGUAGGAUGGCAACGAAGACCUUGCUUUUCAGUGCUGUGAGGAAAAACACUGUGACCCAGUCAGCCACGGAUGCAGAGGUCACCAAGCAUGCAAUCAGGUGGUUCAACCUGGCGGCAGAUCGGGCAACGAGGAGACGUGUCCCACCUCCAUCCACACAAAUGGAGUAAAAGAAAUGUUUAAACAAUAAACCAUCUUUUUAUUGAA